CCGCCAUUUUAACUGAGCAACCCUAGUGACAGGAGCCGGAGAAGCAGCGCAGGUUGUCCCCGCUUCCCCUCCCCCUUCCCUCCUCCGGCGGAUUUCCCGGGUCCCCCGCAGCCCACAGCCCCGGCCCCGCCAUGUCCCAGAAGCAAGAAGAGGAGAACCCUGCGGAGGAGACCGGCGAAGAGAAGCAGGACACACAGGAGAAAGAAGGCAUUCUCCCCGAGAGAGCCGAGGAGGCCAAGCUGAAGGCCAAAUAUCCAAGCUUAGGACAAAAGCCUGGAGGCUCCGACUUCCUUAUGAAGAGACUCCAGAAAGGGCAAAAGUACUUUGACUCAGGAGACUACAACAUGGCCAAAGCCAAGAUGAAGAAUAAGCAGCUGCCCAGUGCGGGGCCAGACAAGAACCUGGUGACCGGCGACCACAUCCCCACCCCACAGGAUCUGCCCCAGAGAAAGUCCUCGCUCGUCACCAGCAAGCUCGCGGGUGGCCAAGUUGAAUGAUGCUGCCCGGGGCUCCGCCAGAUCCUGAGACGCUGCCCCCCUGGGUCCGCUCCUGCCCCUCCCUCCUUUUGCAGCCAGGGGUUAGGAGGUGGCUCGGGCGCGGGCUGGAGAGGCAGAAGCCCCUGCCCGUCGGUGUCCCAGCGCAUGGAGCCCCUUGGGCUGAGCACCAAGACCUUGAACCUUUUUUUUGUUUUACCUUUUUUUCCAAAUAACUGUUGGGAGAAAUCUCAGUGAAAUUCUGGAGGGGGGGGCUGAGCGGGUGGGGGGAGAGAUCUGGGGGACUCCGGACUAGGGCUUGGAGUUGAUGACAUUCUUGACGGUCCUCCUCAACCGCGUGGCUGGAGCGGUGUGGGUGUGACGAGGAGUAGACUGAAGACGAGGGGUUCCGAGUCCGCUCUGUGACACACGCCCUGUUGGCUGGGAAGGCUGGGAAGCUGCUGUCAGAGACGAGGAACUGUCCAUGUAAAUACGACGCGGCGCACAGCUCCCCGGCUCUGCAGCGCAGGCUGAGAACUCACCGCUAAUUGUUCAUAAAAGGAAAAAUAAGUGCUGUCCUUGAAGUAGGUUUGCCGUGGGAAGAAGGGCAGUGAGUGUGGGGAAGGGGCCAUGAGCGUGGGGAGCCCCACGGAGCCCAAGGGACUUUUUCAGUGUUUGAAAUAAAACAAAAGAAGAACACCCACGACAAAAACCCGACCCAGAAAUGCUCUGAAGCAGUUGGUGUGUUUUAUUGGGGCUUGGGAAAGGGAAGACAAGGUUGAGGACCCCAUUCAGGGGAACGGCUGCUGUGGGGCCCUGAAUUUUUAAGGAAUAGGGACCCUUGAUAUGGGGGGUGGCUGGGUCCCCUGCUUUCGUCUUAAGGCGCAGGGGUGUUGGUGUGCAGACCAGGCCUUUGCUGGUUCUCGUCCAUCCCCGUGUUUCUGUGGCGAUUGCACAGAGGCACCAACCUCAGGUUUUGACUCAAAAAAAAAAAAAAAAAAGAGGGAUUGGAGGGAUUUGAUUUAAAGGGCUUAUGGCCACCCAAAGCUUCAUCCUGGCUAAGGAAAAAUGUAAGCCGGCUCCUCCUCUUCCCUGUCAGUCUGUCAUUCCUCCAGGAGUCUUGUCGGGGAGGGAGAACCCUGACCUCUAGGCUCGUGCCCCAGUGAGCUCAGGCCUUUCUGCCGGCGGCCAGCAGGGGGCGCGCGCCGCCUUCCCCGCCCUGAGUUGCUGGUCGGCUGCUGCUGGAGGGCGCUAGAAGCUCUCGGCGACAGCGGGGAGCCACAGCGCAGACCUGCCCGCCGCCACUGGUAGAUUGAAACUUUUGCCCAAAUUUAUCGGGGUGUUUUCCCGAACGUGAUGGGCUUCUUGAGUAAGUACGCGUGAGGGGAGGUAAGGUCUGGAAACGAUGUUUUCAGAGCCUAGUGCAUGCCUGCUCCUUAGCCGGGAGCUGUCCAGUAAGUUUUCAGCCACUCAGGGCGCUGCUGGUUUGCUUUUGUGAGUUCGCUGGGGGCCUGGGGCACCUGGAGAGCGCACCAGACCCCUGCGGCGCGGUGGUGCGGAAGAGGUACAGAAGCGAUGCCCCCUGCCUUGGUGGGGCUUGCUGUCUGUCGGGAAGAAAAUCUGGACAAGUUCAUGUGCUUCAUAUGGUUACUUGCAGAUGUUAAAGCCAGAGGCACACACAGCGCUGUGCCCUCCCUCGUUGACCCUGGGCCUCUGAGCCUGCCGUGUUGCCCCUGGCUUGUCUGCCAGGCAGAGGCCGCCAGGCACAAUCACCAAGGCUGAGCGUGGCAUCACUGAGUGCAGGUCAUUUGAAUACAGGUCAGGACGCGGAGGUGUGGAAGUCACUCAGCCAGCGGCAGAGCCGAAGAGCUUGAGUUAGUUUCUGGGCUCUUCUGUGACGUUGCCAGCGCUCCUGGCUUGCCCGGUCCUUAGUCUCAGGCUGUAGCCUUGGAGCUUCUGGGUGUCAGUGUGGCUAUUUCAGUUCAAAGCGUGCGCUUCCUCUUCCUCACCCUCACACUGCAGGGGUAGGCCUCGGGGCAGCCUGACCGGCAGGGCCCAGACAGCCCAUCUUCAUAACUCAGGGUUUCAUAGGUUUUGUUCCGAGAGUGGAGUAGGGGGUUCUUCACCCCCCGGUUGGUUGAGUGAUGGUGGCACUGACACGCCUCUCGGCUGGGCUGUCUGCUACGCAGGGCCAGCGGCCCUGUGAAGGGGUGAAGUCACCAUUAUUGUCCAGCGUGUAUUUUAAGCUGAUGUGGGCUGGGCGUGGGAAACAGGCAAGGGAGAAAUAAAUACCUUGGAGAGCUGCCACGGAAGGUAUUUACAGUGAGCCCGUGACCCCUCGUGAGCCGCCCUGGAGCGCGCAGUGCCCUCUGCUGGGCCCGGGGGAGGCCAACAGGAAGAGGGAAGCUUGUCCCUCGGGAAACCGAAGCAUAACAAUGACAAAUAAAAACACAGGAGUGUAGCUAAAGGAAGUAGAGCUCCAAGAGCUGAGGGCAGGAGUGUCAGGAACCGAGUUAUUAAUAAGCCAAAUUUUUUUAGAGCUGGUGACUAAUAAAGGGAGGCCUCCCGCGCUGGAACGGCGCGUUGAUUCAAGUCACUGUUGGGCGCCCACUUGCCGUCAGAAAUACUAGCUGUUGGGUAGAUGAACGAUGCAGGAGGUGGUGUCUGCCCUGGAGGAACUAGAAGCUUCGCUGAGACAGUUCUUGCACAUACCCCCUAAUGCAAGACGCCGCAUGACUGGUCAGGCCGUGGUCAGAGUUCUGAGAAGGGGCUGCAGGGCUGGCAUCAUGCGCAGAUGCCAGCGGAGGAAGUGGAAGUUGAGCUGGGUCUUGAAAAAUGGGUCCGGCCCAGUCAUCCCGUACGUGAGCGAUAAUGCGGGUGCUGCUUCCAGAUCCCACUGUGCCAGGGAACCCCUCGUGACAUCAUGGUAGUGCUCAGUUUGUCGCUCCAGAGUCCUAGGGACAGGAUUUAGCAAUUGCUCAGCGUUUGGUUUUUGCUACGUGCCCAGUCCCAUGCGUGCUUCACAGACAUGGCCUCUUGGCAUCCUCAGGCUCUGCGGAGCGCGCAGUCGCGGCACUGUGGUCACGUGAGCAAACCACCCUUUCCCCAAGUUUCAGGCCCUGAGAGGGGAGCAGGUUCACGCGCCUGCAGAGGGAGGGGCGCGGCGUGUCGGGAGGUUCCGUGGAGCAGGUUCCGAGUGACAAGCAGGAAUGGCCCCAGAAAGGGAAGGUGAGGUGCGGCGUUGGCGUCGAGGGCGGCACGGAGAGAAGCGGGAGGUGGCGGGCACCUGCAGCUUCUGCAGUGGCCGUGUCCCGUGCGCCGGGGGUGCAGGCUGC